UAACAAUCAGAUCCUCAUCGAAGAAAAGCUUCGCAAAGGAGACAUUUUCCGUUUUCCUAAUAAUUUCCUCCUCUAUUGCAUAAUUCUUUUUUCCUCUCCGAUCCGAUUAGAGUCGCAAUGGAUUAUGAUUUCAGGAACAGAACAGGUCCACCGUACGAGGCGCAGACCCCAAUUUACCGGCAACAAUCCACUUCAUCGUCAUCUACCCAUCCGAUUUACGUACCUCCGUUAUACCCAAGAGUCGGUGCUCAACCCACCGCUCACAGCGUUGUCCCUUCCGCAACCCGCGCCUCCUCCUUCCACCAGACUUCUGCUCCUUCCACUUCCACGGGAUUGGGCAUUAGGGUUGCUUUGAAACCAGAAUAUCGUAUUACUCCUCCGCCUCGAUUGUCUCCUCAAGUUGCGGAUAUUUCUCGCAUCAAUUUCCAGUUUGAUUUCGAGUUUGAGAGGAAAAUCUUGGCUGAAGCAGACAAAGAAAGCAUUAAUUGGAGCAAGCUUGGCUUGGAAAACUUUGCUCCGAAGCCUAACGAAACAACUUCAUCAAUGGGUGCAAAUUCAGACCCUGUGGUGAGCAAAUACAUUGCCUCUGGACUCAGUCGAGAAGCGGUGACUGUUGCUGUUGCAAAUUAUGGUGACAAUCCGACCAAGGUUCGGGAAUUUGUCACCGGCUACAACCUACUGCGAGAAAUGGGAUUUUCAUCUAACAAUGUGGCUGAAGCCUUACUCAUGUAUGACAAUGACACGGACAAGGCAUUGGCACAUUUCCUUAACAGCUCAUGAUAUGUAUGAUUUAAUAAGCUG